CCGUCAAAUUGAAGCACAGCCCUGUUCAGUAGCGUCGUGAGUAGUUUAGAAUGCAGCCUUUUCCGACGUCGAAUACGGAAGUGAAGUCGUGCUUUGGUGGUUUUUCCUGUUUCUUUUCUCCCAGGUAAAAGUGUGUUCAUCAACAGGUGACAAUAUGACAGAACCCACUAAGCAUGAUAUUUCUGCCAUCUUCAAGCGCCUCCGAGCCAUUCCUACGAAUAAGGCCUGUUUUGACUGCUCUGCGAAGAACCCAAGCUGGGCAAGCAUCACCUAUGGUGUGUUCCUGUGUAUUGACUGCUCAGGGACGCAUCGUUCUCUAGGAGUGCAUCUGUCCUUUAUCAGGUCUACUGAACUGGAUUCCAACUGGUCCUGGUUUCAGUUGCGUUGUAUGCAAGUUGGUGGGAAUGCCAGCGCUUCUACCUUUUUUAACCAGCAUGGUUGCACUGCCAGUGAAACCAAUGCUAAAUAUAACAGCCGUGCAGCCCAGCUUUAUAGAGAGAAGAUCAAGUCUUUGGCUACCCAGGCCACCAGACAGCAUGGCACUGAGCUCUGGUUGGACAGUCAGGCUCCUCUUUCCCCUACAUCUCCUGGGGAGAAGCAGGAAGACUUCUUCAGCCAGCACACAGUAUGUAAUGAUGGAAGCUCCUUUCAGCAAAAUCUUACUCAACCACAAGAAACAACCUUGCAAGACAAAAAUAAUUUGGACAAUCAAGAAGGCCCUUCCAUUGAGCUGCUCAGUACUUCUCCAAAAGCUGUUCUAGAGCCUUCACUAAUCAAAAAGAAGCCCUCAGCAGCCAAAAAAGCACUGGGUGCCAAGAAAGGAGGUCUUGGGGCUCAGAAAGUGAGCAGUCAGAGUUUCUCAGCACAGGAGAAAAGAGCUCAGGCUGUGGACAAGCUACGUGAAGAGUCAGCCACUGAGAAGAGUGCCAAGCCUGAAGAGCCAGUUGUGACAUCUAUGAGGCUGGCCUAUAAGGAUCUGGAGCUCCAGAGGAAGAGGGAUGAGGAGAAGCUGCGAGGGCUUGAGGGCAAAAAGAAGGAGCAGGCAGAACGGCUGGGAAUGGGUUUCUCCCACAGGAGUGGAGUGUCUCACUCUGUUCUGGCGGACAUGCAGACGAUUCAGCAGGAGAAGCCCACUAUGGGCCAGUCCUCGUCUCGUUCCAGGAAGUACAGUGAGGAAGAUGAUGAGGAAGAGGGAUACUUCUUCAUUAGAACUUCCUCCAGGUUUACUAAUGAUUCGCCCCAGUCAUCUGACCAGUUUUUCUCCCAGUGGGAGGACAUAAAGAAGAAAGAAAGCAAGAAACCAGAACCUGAUAUUUAUUUGACAUCAUCCAAGACAUCAUCAUUGGAAGAUAGGACUACAGCAAGAAGAAAAACAGAGCCUGGGCCGUUACCUGUCUCUGAUGAUGCCCAGAAAAAAUUUGGUGGUGCAAAAGCCAUCUCCUCUGACAUGUUCUUUGGUAAACAAGACAACUCUGAGUAUGAAGCGAGAACUAGACUGGAGCGUUUCUCCGACAGCUCAGCCAUUAGUUCAGCAGAUCUGUUUGACGAGCAGAAGAAACAGACGAGCACUUCAUACAGCCUGAGCAAUGUGCUUCCCAGCGCUCCAGAUAUGACCCAGCUGAAGAUGGGCGUCCGUUCUGUGGCUGGCAAGCUGUCUGUCAUGGCCAGUGGGGUGGUUUCAACUAUACAGGAUCGCUACAGCACAUGAGCAUAUAGAGUACAGGGAAAGGAUCAGAAGGUCUCUUUAAGACAGCCUCUCAGCAUAAAGGAGAGAAACUGUAUGCCUGUGUGUGUCGGUCCCAAGUGCAUUACAAUAGGAUAUAAUGCAUAUAUGUAGCUUCAUUGAAUAAAUAUGUCGGUGGUCAAAUAGAGGUAAAUCCCCAGCUCUGUUGGGAACUGAAGUGAAGGGUGACUCGAAGAGCUUCUGGGGUGUUUUUCCCCCUAUAAAAUUGACAUUGGCUUUGUGGGCCCUUUUUUUUUUUUUUUUUUUUGCUAAAAUGACAAAACGCAAAUUUAUUUUUAAUUUUUUUGGUAAAUAUCUGUUCAUUGUUUACAUUUUGCUUUUGGAACUGUUACAGAUGGAUUAUGCCAGAUUUGUGUCAUUUUUAAAAUGUAAGCUGAUUAGAAUGGAUCUUUAUGGGAUUGAACAACUUUAUUUUUCUAGGUGUUCUUGUAUCUAUGGAUCAUAGGGAGAAACGCAGAACUAAAUAUGAUUGGAUGUACUAUAUGUACCUUCUGUUAGUUGUCCCUAUGGAGUUUAUUCCAUUUAAGUAAAACAAACAUUGAGUUAACAAGUAGCUUGUGAUCCAGAUUUCAAUUAAUGGGUGUGAGACAGAGGAGCCCAAGUGUGGUCCUGCAUGCCCAUAGUCACCAGUUUGGUGAUUUGCUUGCUCUAAUGCACCUACUAAUCUUGGUCCUGAACCGAAAACCUGAAUCCACCAACUUCAAACCUGCAGGACCAGAGUUGAGUACUCUGUGUAAGGAAUCUUUUUGAUUUAAGUUGAGACAAAUUGACACAUUAAAGCCUGUUUACACCUGGUCAUUUCUUGCAUUUUGUAUAUGGAUUAUAACUAUAUGCACUUUCACAUUGCCAGAUUUGCUGUUAUCCAGGUUGCAAUGUCAUGAAAUGUUACAUCGCAUACACUAUGAAAUUCAGGUAAUUUACAUUUGACCACCAACUUUGUCAUUCCUUAUUUUUAAUUAUCUAAUGCAAAACAUAUCUGCUGCUUUUAAAAUCAUAAUUCUGUAUCCUUAUUUAAAUUUCCUUAAUAUCCCCACAUUUUGCAGAUGUUGACCACUUAUUACAAUGUAUUAUAUAAUGUACUGUACGAGAGGGGUUUGCCUGGCACACAAUACUGGUGCAUUUACAGUUGCAUUUAAUCUAGAUGUUAUGCAUCUCAGACUUGGAGGAGUGUUUGAGUGAACAAAUUUCAACCUAAUUCAAAUGCCACAUUAACACUUUUUUUUUUUUUCAUUUGCAUGUAGAUAAUACCAAUCGGGAGUAUAAUUCUGAUACUUAAGGUGCAUGAAAUAACUGAGUGUAAAUGGGUUCUUAGAUUAUGUCCACUGCUGUUCUUUGAAGAUGGAGUAUGUUUCUGUUGAUGUUUUGAUUUACUAUCUUUUGUUUAUCCUAAUAGAUUUUUUUUUUUUUGCUUGAUUUGUAAGCUACUUUAUACACUACAAAUGAUCAAGAAUGGGAAAAGGCUAAAUUGUGCCCACUUUAUGCUGAAGAAAUCCUAAAUACAGUGAAUGCUGCAUAGAAAAUGCAAUUUCUUCUAAGAAGAAAGACUGAAAAACAUGGAAGGUAUAAUUUAGAAGCAGUUUGUAACUUUAUUUAGCCAAAGUAAACUGGCAAACAUUUGCACUACAAAGGGAGAAAAUUUUGUUUAUUGAGUGCAAAAACUAUUCAUGCCAUUGCAAUUAUAAUAAUGGAAUAUUCAAAUUUUGCUUUGAUCAAUAAAACUUUAAUUUUUGUGCAAAGAA